AUGCCUCGAAGCAAAUCAGGUGUCAAAAGAGCACCUAUAAAUUCUCAACAUUUAAUUGCGGCGGCGAAACAGUGUUUAAGCGGUGGAUUAUCAAUUAGGGAAGCUGCAAAAUCCUUUAAUAUAUCUAAAACCACGCUGAUUUGGCACGUAAAAUCCUAUAAAGAAUCGGGAGCCACAGUAUUUCGAUAUGAAGCUAGUAAUAACACAAAACAAAUUUUUAGUAGCCAGGAGGAAUCCACCUUGAAAGAGUAUCUUUUAACGGCUGCACGGCUGCAUUAUGGAUUGACUAAAGUAGAAGUUCGUACUUUAGCAUACCUGUAUGCUGUUGCAAAUGCAAAAUCCGAUCCGGCUUCUUGGGACAUAGGAAAAGUAGCUGGGAAAGAAUGGUUGAGACAAUUUCUCAGAAGACAUCAAGAUUUAUCACUUCGAAAGCCCGAAUCCACAAAACUUCUAUCACGUGGCAAUUUUACUCCAGAAAAAAUCUGGUAUUGUGACGAAACCGGUCUAACAACUAUUCAUGUUCCACCAAAAAUUAUAGGACCUAAGGGAAUAAAACAAUUAGGCCAAAUGACUAGUGGUGAACGGGGUCAAAAUGUUACAAUGAUCGCCUCAAUCAAUGCCAUUGGAAAUCAUAUUCCGCCUAUGAUGAUAUUUCCGAGGGUCAAUUUUAAACUGCAUAUGCUGAAAAGUUGCCCGAUUGGUAGUAUCGGAGCUGCCAAUCCAUCCGGCUGGUCAAACGAACAGCUAUUUUUAAAAUAA